AUGUCGUACAGGAAAGACCACAGAGAAGCGGAGCAGAGCACCGAAGACACCGAGGCUCGGACACGCUUCAUCCCGUUAUCCAGGUCUACAUGGAACAGCACGCCUGUCUGCCAGGCAACGGAUGCCCGCCAGAAAGUACGAGAUUUCCUAGGUGCACAUCUCUUCCGAGCAUGGUGCAGCGCCAAUGUGAGCAAGUGGACCUAUGCGGACGUUCCGAGCGUCUCGGAGAUCGCGCCGGAGCAGAACCAGUGCCCAUCGGAGGAAACCGUGCGUGAAGUGCUGUCCGGCAUAUCCGAAGUGGACAAGACACCGGAAGGCACGAUCGAGCGCGAUGCGUUUAUCCUCGACUCGAAUGCGGCUGGAAGGCCCGCCACCGGUGUGCGCUCGUCCGCCACCUCCAUGGGCUGCCAGGCUUUCGUCCGCAAGACCUACGAGGCCAAACGAUUCACGGCGCUCCAUAUCGCAAAAGAGUUGCUUGCCUGGUUGCAUACGAUCGAGCUGCUGCGCCAGGCUUCUGCACCAGGUUCGAAUGCCGUCAAGCAGAGGAGCUGGAGAAAGAAAGGCAGAAAGAAGAAGCACGCGCCAGGAGGGCUGCCGCCAAAGCCGGCCACCGUGGGCCAUUACCGCGUGCCGGAGGACGGCCCGAAGAAGAGAACAACCGCGGAGCACAGCGAGCAGAACUGCAGUGGCAGCGCGCCGAAGUGGGAGGCAGCACCCGAGGACCUCUGCCAGGACACGGUGCCGGAGGACGGCCCGAAGAAGAGAACAGCUGCAGAGCACAGCGAGCAGAACUGCAGUGGCAGCGCGCCGAAGUGGGAGGCAGCACCCGAGGACCUCUGCCAGGUGCCGGAGGGCGACCCGAAGAAGAGAACAACCGCGGAGCACAGCGAGCAGAACUGCAGUGGCAGCGCGCCGAAGUGGGAGGCAGCACCCGAGGACCUCUGCCAGGACACGGUGCCGGAGGACGGCCCGAAGAAGAGAACAGCUGCAGAGCACAGCGAGCAGAACUGCAGUGGCAGCGCGCCGAAGUGGGAGGCAGCACCCGAGGACCUCUGCCAGGUGCCGGAGGGCGACCCGAAGAAGAGAACAACCGCAGAGCACAGCGAGCAGAACUGCAGCGGCAGCGCGCCGAAGUGGGAGGCGGCACCCGAGGACAUCUGCCAGGAGAAGGUGUCGGAGGACGACCCGAACACAGAGGCGAAAGAAGAGGAUGACGGACAGCAGUUCACCUACCUCGUGCCGAAGGAUCCGAAAGCGACAAACUUUUUACAACCGGCCAUGCUAUGCGUUCGCGCCUCCAGCGGUCGAGCGAUCUGCACCAUCGAUCCCGCAGACCGCAGAAAUGACGAAGGCCAGAUUUUCGACGACCUGGCAGUCAUCGUAAGCUCCCAUCUCGGUGUGCCUCCGUCCCGAAUCAGCAUUCAUCCUGUCGACGGGCACGAACAAGCACCAUUAAAUCCGACAACGACCUGGGCCGACUGCAAACAACUGGUUGCGACGGGAGACUACGAACUGAUGGCGGUUGUCCGGCACUACCGAGACGGAGGAGUUCACGAGCUAUCUGCAGCGAUAGAAAUGGCCCAUGCCGACGUCGACGGCAAGCACUUCGGCACGAGUCCUUUGGUAGCAGCUUGCGAAACUCGGAACAUACAGAUGGCCGGCUUCCUCAUCCAAGCCGGUGCAAACGUGAACCGACCCACCUGGUGGAGGGACACCCCUCUCCUCAUCGCUGCGUCAAUAGACUCGCUGCCAUUGGUACGACUCCUCUUGCAGAACCACGCGAACGUCAAUCAACAAGGUCCCCAACAGCGCGGUCCCAUCGAGGAGGCUUUCCAGAGCGAUGCAGUCCGAGUAGCCACACGCCUCGUACGUGCGAAGGCACAGGUGCAACCGUACACAGACGACAAUUGCCUGCUGCACCAGGCCGGAAGCAGGGGCAGCAUCACAUGGGUCAAGUUGCUGAUCAGAGCCGGUGCCGAUCCUCAGAACCGAGACCAGCACGGACGACUCCCCCUAGAUGUACGUCGACGCCUGCCAUCCUUUCAGCAGCGCCAACAGCUCAGACGCAGCCUUUGCCCGGCCGGCCCUGCGUUCACUCAGCACGAGCCAACUCCAAGAGAACGCACAGAUCAUGCUUAUGAGUAG